AUACUGCUGCAAACGCUGGAAUGCUGUGGCGAAAUGCAAUUGCGUUAAUGUUUGAUGAAAUAGAUGUUUGGGAUAUUUAAAACGCCAGCAGCAAUGUGGAGGCAGAACUCUGUCUGAUCUACGAACGAACGAUUUGCAUGAGCUGGCGACAGCAGUGCGGAAUUCCGUCCAGAAAUAAGUGAAAGCUCGGCAGAAUGAAUGAGCCAGAGGGACUGCGUUUCAGGCGACUGAACCGACCCCAGAUCAUAACAGACUCACACGAGCCUCGAUACAAGGGCACAAGCACAUACAGCGGGAAGGUUUUUCGAGUGACGUUAAUCUCGGUGGGGGGCUUUCUUAUCCUUCCACUGCUCGUGAUCAUCCUGAUUCUGGAGUCUCCGAUCCACCCAGAGGUCUUCAGUCUGAGUGAGCCUCCUCUGCUGAUUGGCUGUUAUGAGCCCAAUCUGAAGCUGCGGGAGGCCCAGCGUCUCUAUCAGGACCAGCUGGUUGGACCCGAGUCCAUCGCCAACAUCGGAGAUGUGCUGUACACGGGCACUGCUGAUGGGAAGAUCCUGAAGCUGGACGGCAGAAGUGUGAGUGUGCUGGCCAGGCUGGGCCGCCCGCCCUGUGGUUCCCAUGACGACGAGCCGACCUGCGGACGACCUCUGGGCAUUCGGGUGGGACCCAAUGGCACGCUGCUCGUGGCCGACGCCUACCUGGGGCUGUUCGAGGUCAAUCCCGUCUCAGGUCACGUGACCUCGCUGGUGCAUGCCAAUCAGAUGGUUGCCGGGCAACGUCUCUCCUUCAUCAACGACCUGGACGUGACGCAGGACGGCAGGAAGGUGUACUUCACCGACUCCUCCAGCAGGUGGCAGCGCAGGGACUACCUGCAGCUCAUCAUGGAGGCCACUGCAGACGGCCGUGUUCUGGAGUAUGACACGGUGACCAGGCAGGUGUCCGUGAUGAUGGAGGGCCUGCGUUUCCCCAACGGCAUCCAGCUGCUUCCUGACGAGGAGUCCGUGCUCGUUACCGAGACAACCAUGGCCAGGAUCCGCAGAGUGCACGUGUCGGGCCUGAACAAGGGAGGAAUGGACACGUUCAUCGAGAACCUGCCCGGUUUCCCCGACAACGUGCGGCGCAGCUCGACCGGCGGCUACUGGGUGGCCAUGUCGGCGGUGCGGCCCAAUCCCGGCUUCUCCAUGCUCGACUUCCUGUCCCAGCGGCCCUGGAUCAAGAAGCUCAUCUUCAAGCUGUUCAGCCAUGAGGUGCUGCUGAAGUUCGUGCCGCGCUACAGCCUGGUGUUGGAGCUGCACGAGAGCGGAGUGUGUGUGCGCAGCCUUCACGACCCGCACGGCGAGGUGGCGGCCUACGUGAGCGAGGCGCACGAGCACGACGGACACCUGUACCUGGGAUCCUUCCGCUCGCCGUACCUGAGCCGGCUCGACCUCAGCCAGGUGUGAGGAGGAGGAGGGGCUGCAGAGCCCAGCUGAACCAGACCCCACCGGCCCCAACCCCAACCCCAACACACACCUGUGGGAGUCUGACACACCUGUGUGUGUGUGUGUGUGUGUGUGUGUGUGUGUGUGCGCUUGUCUGUCUGUCUGUCUGUCUGUCUGUCUGUCUGUCUGUGUGUGCGCGUGUGUCUGUCUGUCUAUCUGUCUGUGUGUGUGUGUGUUCGCUCGUCUGCGUAUGUAUGUGUUGGUGUGUGUGUGUGUGUGUGUGUGUGUGUGUGUGUGUGUGAGAGUCUGUGUGUGUAUGUGUGUGUAGGCAGGUGCCGUGUCUGUGUGUGUCCUUGUGGGUGUAUUGCAUGUUGGUUGCCUUAGUUAAGCUUUUAUACAGCAACCAAUUAUGGCUUAUAGCAGCCAGGGAAGAAAACAAGUCUCACAAGUCAAUUAUUUUAGCACACACACACACACACACACACACACACACACACACACAUACACACACACACACACACAUACACACAAACACACACACACACACACACAGACAAUGUAAUUUAACACAAGGCAGCAUAGUGUUACCUGAGCAGUCUUUGAGAUAUAAGAUGCAAUAUGUGAACUGUGCACAUCCCUGUUGUACUAAUGACCUGCAGCUAAUAAGCUAAAGCCUGAUUGGCCUCAUACUCCAGUCCAGUCAGCACCUGAGUAGAGGCUGUUGUUCCAUCCACACUAUGGAUGUCCAGUCAGCACCUGAGUAGGGGCUCUUUCCCAUCCACACUAUGGAGUGCUCCAGUACACUGCACACAAACUACUGCUUGUUCUAAUCAGGGCAUCGCUCUGCCCAGCCCAGCCCACUGGACAUUCUAGAUCACUACCACACUCUAGAGUGCAAAAGCAUUCUAGAUUACUACCACACUCUAGAUUGCAAAAGCAUUCUAGAUUGGUUACCGCAUUAAUGUUCUAGUAACAUUCUAGAUCUUUUUAAAUCACUACAAGCUUCUAACUUGCAAAAGCCUUCAUUAGCCACGUUUACAUGGACACUUCUAUUUCGAUUAGAAACGAAAUAACGGCUCAAUCAGAACAAAUAUUGACAUACUGUAUAAACACCUUAUAUAAAGAUAAAAAAAAAACGGUUUGUGUAAACGUGGCUAUUGUCACAGCAUACAUACACAGUGAUAAUAAUAGACCACUUACUACGUUAAGAUAUGACAUUGUAGCAGUUGUUCUGGAUUGAUUUACAGAACUGUAUUAAAUAAUCAUAGUAACUUUAUGUUCAUUUUGUUUCUUUUCAACUGUGCCAAUUACGUCCAUGAGAGAAUGCUAAGACAGGUGUCCCAGAGUCCGGCUCUGAAGUUGUGCAAUAGGACGUGCUUUCACGUCGAGUUUAUUUUUAUUUGAUUUCUUUUGCUUUUAUGGUGAGGGGGGAGAAAAUAAUCUACACCACUGCAGCAGAGGCUAUACAGGAAGCAGAAGCUGCACUAAUAUCGAUAAUCAGAUCCAUCUCAAAUGCUCAACUCUUAGCAGGUCCCCAGACUGUGAACUCGCUUCAUACUGAGCAGCCUCACUAGUGCUUUGGGAGAGAAAUGACAGAGUGGGCAGACAGACCAAACAUGUGCUGUAGACACAAGCAGUCUGUCAGAGGUCUUAGGUCAGAGUCAUGCUGAUAGUGAGGUCUAAUUUUAACACAUAUCUAACGCCAAACUAUGAGCAUCAGAUGCUUCCACCCUGGGGGCUGGUGUGCUGAGCCGAUGGUCUAGUUCUAGGGUCCCGCUCUCUUAAGGGGCAUCGGAUGUUGAGGACUAAAGGGAUGUUUUUGAGGUCAUCGGAUGUUGAGGACUAAAGGGAUGUUUUUGUUCAGGACCAGCUUCCCCCUCCUUGUGCAGGUGUAACGUCCAGCGGCGACACUCGGCUGUCCGUCUGUCAAGUGUGAGGCUCAGAUGUGAGCGAGAUACGUUCUUACGUAGGCUUCACUUACAGGUGGAAUUCAGUCUCAGACUGACUUGAGUUUAGCCUGUCUGAACAAGUGGAAUUGAGUCACAGACUGACUUGAGUUUAAUCUGUCUGAACGCACACAGAAAUGACUCAAAAGCCGACGGCUCUUGCUUUCUUGCGACUGACGUGCCUCAGCAGGGUGGUUAUUUUUAAUGUGAUUUAUCUGUUUACUUUAUUGAUCUCUUUUUGUCGCCUCAUGACAACAGCUCUCUCUGUCUCUCCGCUGUCAGUGGUGUUGUUUUGCACACGGACGCCACCGCACAGCACCUGCGUUCUCACCUGUCCUCGCCUGCUAAGAUAGAGACGCGCUUCUCCCAGGCUCCUCUGUUCUCACCUGUCCUCGCCUGCUAAGAUAGAGACGCGCUGCUCCUCUGUUCUCACCUGUCCUCGCCUGCUAAGA